AUGACCGACUAUUUCUCCAGCUCAGUCCAAUUCGGACUGAACUUAUCGAAACGAGUUUACUACGGAAAAGGAUCGGCUCCGCCGCAGGUGGCGGCGAUGUCGCGAUCGCCGGAGGGAUUCCUCCCGACGGCGCCUGUAUGCUACGCGGUGAUAACCGAUCCGGAGAAAGUCGAGAAUCCGGACAUUCGGAGUUACCAGCCGUACGUGCACGGCCAGUGCGAGCCUCCGGCUCUGAUACCGCUUGAGCUUCACAGUGUCGCCAUGGAAGUGGAGUGCUCCUUGGACACAGCGUUUGUAACGUUCACGGGAAAGUGGCGCGUGCAUUGCGUGACCGGAAGUAGUACGUGUGAUUGCCAGGUUGCCAUACCUAUGGGUGAACAGGGUUCACUUCUAGGUCUAGAGGUUGAUGGUUCUGGAAGAACUUAUCAUACUGAAUUGAUCUCCCUGAAGGAUGAAAAGGAUAAGGAUAAAGUGGCCAAAGCUAAAGAUGGAUACUUCUUGAAAAGCCAUAUAUACACCGUCAAGAUUCCACAGUUUAGAGGAGGCUCCGUGUUUUCAACUAAGAUCAGAUGGUCCCAGAGAAUAUUAUUUCAUGAUGGCCAGUUAUCUCUCUGUGUCCCUUUCAGCUUUCCGGCAUACGUCAACCCAGCUGAAAAAAGAAUUUCCAAAAAAGAGAAGAUAUUUUUGAAAGUGAAUUCUAGUUCUGCAACGGAAGUGUUAUGCAAAACCACCAGUCAUCCCCUGAAGGAACUACUGCGCCAAGCUGGAAAAUUAAAUUUAUCAUACGAAGCAGAAGUGUUAGCAUGGUCAAGUACAGACUUCAGUUUCUCGUACUCUGUUUCUUCAAAUGACAUAUUUGGAGCUGUUCUCUUGCAAUCUCCAUUCUUGCGUGAUUUUGACGAAAGAGAGAUAUUUUGUUUGUAUCUUUCCCCGGGAAACAGGCAGGGUAGAAAGCUUAUGUGGGUUUUUAAAAAGGAUGUGGUGUUUAUAGUAGAUAUAAGCGCAAGCAUGAAGGGAGCUCCUCUCGAUAACACAAAGAAUGCCCUACUGACAUCACUCUCUCAACUUAAUGCACAAGAUACAUUUAACAUUAUAGCUUUCAAUGGGGCGCUCUACUUAUUUUCGUCAUCAAUGGAAACAGCUACGGAGGAAGCAAUUUUAAAUGCUACGAAGUGGAUUGACACCAAUUUUAUUGCUAAUGGUGACACUAACAUCAUGCUUCCCUUAACACAGGCAAUGAAGCUACUUGAGAAAUCAAUUGAUUCGGUCCCUCUAAUUUUUCUCGUUACUGAUGGGGCUGUUGAAGAUGAGAGAGAGAUAUGCAAUUUUGUGAAAAGCUAUGUCUCAAGUGGGCAAUCGGUUCGAACACCGCGCAUAUAUUCAAUUGAAUUUAGAAUGCAAAGGCUAUUCAGUACAGCUUCAUCAGUUAUAGUUGCUGAUGUAGCAAUCGAAAGUUUAGAAGGUCUUGAUUCCAUUGAGUUAUUUCCAUCUCUAAUACAAGAUAUAUCAUUUGGAAGUCUGUUGAUCCUAUCAGGCAGAUACAGUGGAACUUUCCCUGAAUUAGUUAAAGUUACUGGUAUUUUGGCAGAUAUGACUAACUUCGUAGUGGACCUUAAAGUUAAAAGAGAGAAGGAUAUACAGCUCAGUAAUGUCCUUUCAAAGAGACAUAUAGACAUGGUGACUGCACAAGCCUGGUUAUUCAGAAAUGAAGAUCUGGAGGAGAAGGUUUGUCUAUUAUGUGUCUCUGUGCACAUUGAAUUGAAUUUUAUUUUGAAAACAAAAUAG